AUGCAGCAACAACAACAACAACAGCAAUAUGAUCCUAAUGCUUAUACUCCUCAACAUUCACAACAUUCAAGCAAUCUAUACAGCCACUUCGGCUUUAAUGAUCCUGCUGCUCAAAUGGGUAUGCAGUUUGCUGGUACAGCUAUGGCUCAAGGGUCUGCAUAUGUUGAAAAGAAUUUCAAUAGAUGGGUAAAUAUGCCUGCAUUAAGGCAUUACUUUAAUGUAAGCAAUAGUUACGUUAUGAACAAGUUAAGACUAUUACUGUUUCCUUGGAGAAAUCAUUCGUGGAAUCGUUUGAUAAUGAGAUCAGAGACAGGUCAAAUGGAAGGGUUUAAACCGCCAAGAGAGGACUUAAAUUCACCUGAUCUGUAUAUUCCUGUAAUGGCCGUUGUAACAUAUGUGCUACUUUGCGGAUUAACCGCUGGGCUUGAGAACAAAUUCCAUCCAGAGUUAUUGUAUAUUGCUGUAUCCACCUCGGUUGCUGUUGUGUUUUGGGAAAUUGUCUACACACGCUUAGGCUGCUAUUUCCUAAAUAUACCUUUUGAGGCUUCCAUGCUUGACUUACUCUCUUACUAUGGUUACAAAUUCGUUGGUAUCAUUGUUACGGAUGUUGUCAAACUAUUAGGGGGCAAGGGCUAUAGCACAUGGUUUGUGUUCUUUUACACGGGUCUAUCCGUCAGUUUCUUUUUGCUUCGCUCUAUGAGAUAUGUCAUUCUACCUGAUGCUGCUGCGGGGCCUUCUACCCUGAAUCCUCAACGUAAACGACGAAUGUGGUUUUUGUUGACAAUUGCUUCUCUUCAGAUGGUAUACAUGUUCUUUUUAAUAAACUAA